CGGUCUUUUUGAGUGAUUCCUCACUUUUUCCAUGUCGCUGCUCAAUUUUGCAAAAAACUCCUUCUUUGAUGAGGAUGACUAUUCUCUGCAUGCUGUGGCAACUGCCAAGAUUGCUCAGCAGCGCAAGGGAGAUGAUCAGUUUUCUGUUGAUUUGGAUAUGAUUGAAACUCCCGAUUAUUAUGUCAUUAUAGCAGAUAUUCCGGGAGUGUCAAAAGAGAGAUGCCGUGUGAAUGUCUGUGAUGACUACGUGCUCAUUGAAGGGAAAAGAAAACGAAAAGUGAUUACAAACGACGACACCUAUCUUAUUGCCGAGAGAAGAAACGGAGAAUUCAAAAAGAGCAUUCAAUUACCGAUUGAUUCGGAUCCUCAGCUGAUGACUGCUAAAAUCGAGGAUGGACUCCUCGUAUUGACAAUCCCUAGAACAAAGAAUUCCAAUGGAAUCAAGUCUGUUAGUAUAGAAUAGUUGGUUUU